AGGAAGUAGCCUACAAACGGCAGAGUGGUCUACGAAGUCAAGGGAGUGGCUUACCUUUCCCCACCUUUGAACGUCUCUAUGUCGUGCUUUUCUCAGCUGGGAUUUGGGAACGGAGUUUUGUUUGCGGUUUACUAAAAGUUUCAACAAAAUCUAAUUAACCAACGCAUGAUUCAACGGAACGACGGGAACUGUUGAAAGGGACACCAAGAUUGUCAUCAGGAUGAGGAGGGUGUGAGGAGGCUUUUUCUUAUCUGUGUGGGAGGGAGAGAGAGCGACUCUUGUGGCCAUGGCGGGCGACACCAGCACCCUCUCGUGGCGACUGCCAAGCCCUGGCGGCGACGGCAUCGACAGGAGCCCGGAGUUCAGCUUCACGGGAGACGGGGGGCCCGUCAAGAUCCUCAAAGUGUGCUUCUCCAGCAACAGCAACCUGGGUCGGAACUUCAAGCUGGUCAAAUGCGACAGCUCCUGGCAAAUACGGGGCAUUAUCAAGUCUAUCCUGAUCAGCGGGCGUCUGGGCCCCAACGUGCGGAACGCAGAAUGCUACGGGCUGCGGCUCCAACACCUCAAGUCUGAGGAGCUCCACUGGCUGCACCCGGACCUGACCAUCGGGGAGGUGGAGCAGAGAUACGAGAGCCACCACGUGGAGGCCGAAUGGAGGUAUGACCUUAGAAUCCGUUACAUUCCCGCUAACUUCUUGGAGAAGUUUAAAGAAGACAGGACCUCCUUGUUUUAUUUAUACCAACAGGUGCGUAGUGACUACAUGCAGUAUCACGCCAACAGAGUGAGUGAAGGCAUGGCUCUGCAGCUGGGCUGCCUGGAGAUCAGGAGGUUUUACAAAGACAUGAACACCAAAGGUCUUGAGAAGAAGUCCAAUUUUGAACUGUUAGAGAAGGAAGUAGGCCUGGACCUAUUCUUUCCUAGAGAACUGAUUGACGGAAUGAAGUCUCGUCAGCUGAGAAAGCUGAUCCAGCAGACGUUCCAACAAUACGCUAACCUCAAGGAGGAGGAGUGUAUGAUGAAGUUCUUACAGACGUUCAACGAGUUCUUCAGCUUCGAUGAGGAGGUCUACCCCUGUGAGCUCGUGCAAGGCUGGAGUUUGUCAGUUGAUUUGGUCAUUGGACCUAAAGGCAUCUGCCAACGCACACAAGCAGACUCAGCGCCUAUUUGUCUGGCAGAGUUCCAGCAGAUAAGGAGUAUCAAGUGCUCCACACAGAUGGAUGGCAAGGCCUUAUUAACGGUGGACAUCAAUGGAGCCAAACAGCCUCUUUCUAUUAACGUACCCACGCUAGCCAUGGCAGAGAAUAUGGCCGAUCUUAUCGAUGGAUAUUGUCGGUUGGUGAACAAUGUGGACAUCUCACUGAUACUAAAGUCAAACAAAGCUCAAGAGGGUCGCCAGUCUCUUCCAGAAAUACCUUCAGGAAGACAGGAGGAUUCCUUCAGAUACAGCAGGGGAUCUGACAUAUACUGUGAAAUACUUGAUGAAAGGCCCCCACCUUCUGACUCAAAGUAUGGCAUAUCCAGGGAUGACAUAGUCUUGGGUCGCAUUCUGGGUGAAGGUUUCUUUGGAGAGGUGCAUGAAGGAGUUUACAAGCAGGGGAAUGGGGACAGGACCAGUGUGGCUGUGAAGACCUGCAAAGACUGCUCGCCUGACGUCAUGGAGAAGUUCAUGAGUGAAGCAGUGAUUAUGAAGAACCUGGACCACCAGCAUAUAGUGCGUCUGAUAGGGAUCAUUGAGGAGGACCCUGUCUGGAUCGUCAUGGAACUCUACCAGUUUGGCGAGCUGGGUAACUACCUGACAGACAACCAGCACACUCUGACCAACAUCACCCUGGUCCUCUUCAACCUGCAGAUCUGCAAAGCCCUGACCUACCUGGAGGGCUUGAAAAUGGUGCACAGAGACAUAGCUGUGAGGAAUGUCCUUGUGGCUUCCCAUGACUGUGUCAAACUGGGAGAUUUUGGCCUCUCCAGGUAUAUUGAGGAGGAGGAAUACUACAAAGCCUCAGUGAGCAGACUGCCCAUUAAGUGGAUGGCUCCUGAAUCGAUCAACUUCAGGAGGUUCACGUCAGCCAGUGAUGUGUGGAUGUUUGCCGUGUGUAUGUGGGAGAUCAUGAGCCGCGGGCAGCAGCCCUUCUUCUGGUUGGAGAACCACGCGGUGAUCAACCAGCUGGAGCAGGGCAUCCGUCUGCCCAAGCCCGAGCAGUGCCCUCCGGCUCUCUACUCCCUCAUGACCCGCUGCUGGGGCUACGACCCCCGCGAGAGGCCCUCCUUCACCGAGCUCGUCUGCAAGAUCAGUGAUGUCCACAAGAUGGAGAAGGAGCAGGAGCAGGAGGGCGAGAGGGAGAGGGAGCGAGAGCGGUUCCGCUCCACCCGCUUUCUGGGGCCCAAAUUCACCUUCAGCGAGCCUCCGGCCAAGCCCUCCAGGAUGAACGCCGGACGCUUCGGGAACACCCUCAGCAUCGGCCUGCACAUCCAGCUGAAUGAGGCUUUGUGCGCUAGUUCUCCUGACCUGGCGAGCCCCUGUGACUAUCAGUCCCCUAUUGACUCCACCAACAGACUGCUGCUGCCCACCAUGUCCCCACGGCGACGUAGCAUGGGGGAAGGGGAGUUCAUCAUGUCCCCCACCAGUAAGGAGGACGCCCAGCGGCUGUGGCAGACGGAGAAGGUGCGCAUGCAGGACACCAUGAGGAGGCAGAAACAGGAGAUGAGCGAUGACAGGGCCUGGCUGGAGCAGGAGGAGAAACUACUGGAUCCCAUUACUCAUGAUCAAGACCCCACGUCACCGGACUAUGUGCCUGCAUAUGCUGAGCUUCAGAAACCUCCACCCGAUAAGCCUCCCAGAAUCUCUAUGCAGCCUGCCCCCACAGCUGAGCUGGACCGCUCCAAUGAUCAGGUGUACCACUCCGUCAUGGAGCUGGUCAAGGUGGUCGUGCAGCUGAAGAAUGACGUCAACACACUGCCCUCCAACGAGUACAUCACCAUGGUGAAGAAUGUUGGGGUGGCCCUGCGGACUCUAAUUCACAGUGUGGAUGACCUUCUGCCAACUCUGCAUGAGUCUAAGAGGACAGAGAUUGAGGGCACCCAGAAGCUGCUGAAUAAAGACAUGGCAGAGCUGAUCAGCAAGAUGCGCUUGGCGCACCAGAACGCUAUCACCUCGCUCAAGGACGAGUGCAAGAAGCAGAUGCUGACGGCCGCACACACGCUCGCCAUGGACGGCAAGAACAUGCUGGACGCCGUGGACCAGGCGCGGGUGCGCUCCAAUCUGGCCAAACCCAUCCCGCUGUCACCUUAGUGGAGCACGGCUUUUCGCCUAUUGUGUUCGAUGUUAGUGUUACUCAGGAACACAUGCAAGUGCUAAGAGAACUGGUGCCCACAAGGCUUUCACUGUAGUUGACGUGGCUCCCUCUAAUGAUCACAGCCUGUGUUACCUCAGGUGCCAAAAGAGUUUUUUAAGCAUUAAAAUCUUUUUUUCAAGUGUUGUAUAAGAUAGUAUAAUCAGUGUGACCCAUUUCUCACUUGGAAGCCAUUACAUGGCAAAUUAUUUGGGUUAUUGUAUAGCCAACUUUGUAAAGCAUAGCAUCAUUUCAAUGAUAAUAUAUGACCAAACCUCUAGCUAUGGUCAUUGGAUGUUUCGCCUGUUUGACAACAUGCCGAGGAAACAAACCAAAGAAAACAUAAGCUUGGAAUAGUGGGUACUUCAACACCAAAGUAUGUUUUGUAAAAAUCUACUUAUUCCACUGUCAUACACUGUAAGAAACCAAAUUGUAAUUUUUACAGUCUAUUGACAAAGGAACAUAUUACUGUUUGAAGCCACUGUCUGUUCUUGUUGUAUGGGAAUAUAAAUGUGGCCUAUGAAA